AUGGAUGAAACUGCCAUGGCUUUUAGCAUACCAAGCACUACUACAAUUAAAGAAAAAGGCACUAAGACUAUAUCAAUUUUAUCAACUGGGCAUAGAUAUUCAAAUUUUACUGUUGUUUUAGUCUGUUUAGCUGAUAUAAAAGAGACCUGGGAAGCUAUUGAUAUUAAUAUGAUUGGAAAGUUCUUUAAAUAUUGUGGAAUCACUAAUACAAUAGAUAAAAAAAAUGAUCUAAUUUUUAACUUUACAAGGAUUAUAAACCAAACAAACCCAGAAAGAGAAAUUGAAAGUCAGAAAGAAUUAAAUAAUAGUGAAAAUGAUAGUAAAGAUGAUA